AUGGCUUCUCGACUGUCAGCGAUACUUUUGUACGCUCUGGUGGCUUCAGCAGACAUCGCAUCGGCUCGUUGCAAAGUAUAUCCAGGUGACAUCUCCUGGCCCUCUGACGAAGCUUGGGCGGCUCUCAAUGAACGGGUAGAAAACCGCCUCCUUAAGCCACGACCGCAGGCAGCAGCAUGCUACAGUGGCGCCGAGUACGAUGAGGCCGCCUGUGCCAGCAUGACGGCCACUUGGACGAACUCCUACACCCACCUUGAUGACCCUAUCGAAAUGUUCUCGCCCGUCUAUCAGGGUCUCACGUGUUUGCCACCCAACAUUUACGACUCUGGCAACUGUACCAUGGGUGGAUUCCCGUGGUACGUAAUUAAUGCCACUUCUGCCAAGCACGUACAAGAAGGCGUUAAGUUUGCCAAAGAGACGGGUGUGAGACUGGUAGUCAAGAAUACAGGACAUGACUUCUCAGGCAAAUCGGGUGGUGGAGAGUCAUUGAGUAUAUGGACACAUCACCUGAAAAGCAUUGAAUUCAUCGAGAAUAUUAUCGACGAUACCGAGGGAUACUCUGGUCCUGCUUUCAAAUGUGGCACCGGUGUUCAAGCUUUCGAGAUAUACAAGGUGGCGUCUGAAUACGGUAGAGUUGUUGUUGGUGGCGAAGGACAGACUGUUGGGGUGAUGGGAGGGUACAUACAGGGUGGAGGCCAUUCUCCCCUGAGUUCGAUAUAUGGUACUGGGGCAGACCAAGCCCUGGCCUUCGAGGUCGUGACAGCGGACGGAGACCUUGUGACUGCAGACCACAGCCAAAAUGCUGAUCUAUUUUGGGCGCUUCGAGGUGGUGGUGGCUCGACCUUUGCUGUAGCAAUCUCGGUCACAGUCAAGGCCUUUCCAGACGUUCCCACAACUGCCUCGGCGUUCAAAUUCUCUACGGCGGACGGUCUGUCCAACGAGACUUUUUGGAGUGGUGUACGCAGCUACUUCGACUCUUUUAUUCACAACGCCGACAAUGGCACGUACUCGUACUUCCUCUUGUUGCACAACAACCCAAGCCCUGGGAAUUUUCUCUUCCAGAUGACGCCCUUCUUCGCACCCAACAAGACAGCAAAGGAAGUGACCAGUUUGCUAGACCCAUGGUUCACCAAGCUCCACGAUCUCGGGAUUAGGUUCGAACCUAAUAUCACAGAAUACCAAAGCUUCUAUCCUGCCUGGAAAGACUUCUUCCCGCUCGAGGUAGUCGAGAAGGUAAACGUUCAAAGCGGUUCGCGUCUCUUUCCCCGCAAGAAUUUCGAAAGCGAAGAGCUGAAGCAGGCCACUUUUGAAGCUAUCCGCACAUCCCUCGAGACUAAUCACGUCUUUGUUGGAUUCAACAUCAAGGCCAUCAGUCCCGAUGACCCAGACAACGCUGUCAACCCAGCCUGGCGCGAGAAUAUCUUGUUCGCUCUCCAGUCCGUCAGGUGGUCCAUAAAUGCCACCGCGGAGGAAAUUUUAGAAGCCCGCAAAGGUUUCACUUUCGGAGAUAUGCAGCGGUGGAGAGAUGUCUCUCCAGGUGCUGGCUCAUACCUUGCUGAGUCGGACAGGAUGGAGCCGAAUUUCCAACAGUCGUUCUAUGGCGACAGCAAAUACCCUCGGUUGCUGGAGCUGAAACGUAGAUGGGACCCUGAGGAUGUUUUCUAUGCUGCGACUGCUGUCGGUAGUGAGUUCUGGGAAGUUGUCACCGAAAAUAAGCUCCCCCACGAGAAUGGAAGACUGUGCCGGGUGGUUUGA